AUGGCAUUGUCAUUUGAAUACCCUCCGUAUAGCAGUAAUGCAACAAUUCAAGAUAGUAAAAUCGAGUUAAGUUAUAAUCAACCUAAGGACAUUUCUGAAAAUGAUAAAUAUAAAAAUAUUGAAUCUAAAAGUGACGAAUCUAAGAGUGAGAGUAACGAAUCUAAAGAUGAAUAUUCUGAAUUUGGUAUUAAAUAUCCACUUGAUUCAU